AUGUGGAUACGUGGUCUCCUCCUGGCUCUAUGCCUAUACUCCUUCUAUCCGGAAGCGAGGUUUACAGAAGCUGCUGCUUGUAAAGGUUGUGCCCCACCAUGUAUUUGUCCCGGAACUAAAGGAGAGAAGGGAGUUUCUGGUUUCAUUGGAGAACCAGGUCAUCCCGGACCUCCAGGGUUAGAUGGACCCGAAGGAGCUGUUGGUGCUCCUGGUAUGUUCGGAUCUGAAGGAGACUUCGGAGAUAUCGGAUCAAAGGGAGUUCGCGGAGAACGAGGACUUCCUGGAUCACCCGGAUAUCCAGGUUUACCAGGUUUAGAUGGUCCACCCGGUUUGAAGGGAGAGGAAGGUAUUCCCGGAUGCAAUGGAACUGAUGGUUUCCCUGGACGACCAGGUUUGGCUGGACCACCAGGUUUACCCGGAGCAGCUGGAAAUGCCGGACGUCACGGAACCCCUGGUCUUCCUGGAGAAGGAGGUAUCAAUUCUAUUGGACGUCGCGGAGAGUCUGGAGAAUCCGGUAUGCCUGGACAACCUGGUAUCAACGGACGUGACGGAAACCCUGGACACAAGGGAGCUAAAGGAGACCCUGGACCAUAUGGACCCCCAGGUUUCCCUGGAGCUCACGGAGAAAAAGGAAGAAUGGGAAUUCGCACUCCUGGAGUGAAAGGAGAGAAGGGAAUGCAAGGAAUGGCUGGUCCAUCUGGACCACCAGGAUAUUUCCCAGGAGCUUCAGCACCUUUAGAGCUUGAAGUUCUGCAAGGACCAAUGGGACCUUACGGAGGAAAAGGAGAAAAGGGAAGAGAUGGACCAGUUGGUCCACCUGGAACUUCUGGUGCUGAAGGAUUACCUGGUUAUCAUGGCUUCCGCGGACAAAAAGGAGAUCCAGGAGAUGCUGGAAACCGAGGAAAGAGAGGAAAAGACGGAAUAACUGGAACCUAUGGUGAAAAAGGAUCUCAAGGAGAGCUUGGUUUGGGUGGAUUACCUGGAUAUUCUGGAGUAAAAGGAGAAGCUGGAGAACCUGGUUAUCCUGGUCGUCCAGGUUUUGAAGGAGAUGCUGGACCAGCAGGUCCAUUUGGUGAAGGACAUGGAGACCCCGGACCACGUGGUUCUCAAGGUCUUGAUGGAGUUCCCGGACCUAAGGGAGAUGCUGCUCUCGAUGGACUGCCCGGACCAGUAGGAAAUCGUGGAGCUAUUGGAGCCCCAGGAGUUCCUGGUCCUGAUGGUGUACCAGGAUUACCCGGAUACACUCAGAAGGGAGAUCGAGGAGAUGAUGGAUAUCCAGGAUACCCCGGAAACAAGGGAAUACCAGGAGAGGAUGGAGAUUGUGGUCUUCCUGGAGAAGAUGGUCCACCAGGUUAUGAUGUCCAGGGUCCACCCGGACCAGAUGGACAAUCUGGACGUGAUGGAUAUCCAGGCUUACCAGGAGACGUCGGAGAUGCCGGAUACCCAGGAGAAAAAGGUUUCCCCGGAACUGGUGUGAAUAAAGUUGGACCACCAGGAAUGAUGGGUUUGGUUGGAACUCCAGGAGAAAAUGGAAGAAUCGGUAUCGAUGGUUACCCAGGAGCUCUUGGAGAUAACGGACCUACUGGAGAUGACUGUGGUUAUUGCCCAGACGGUCUUCCUGGAUUAAAGGGAGAACCAGGACAGCCAGGAAUUGAUGGCUACCCUGGCCCACCAGGACAUGAUGGAGAGAUGGGAGAUUGUGGAUUACCUGGUCUCCCUGGAAAACCGGGUCUGUCUGGAAAUGACGGAUUAUCUGGAGCUCCAGGACUUCCUGGUAUUCCUGGUUACCCCGGUCUCAAAGGAGAAGCUGGAGAAAUUAUUGGCCCAAUGGAAAAUCCUCCAGGAAUGGAUGGAUUGAAGGGAGAGAGAGGACCCGGAGGAUUCCCUGGACUUCCUGGUAUUCCUGGUAAAGAUGGAGCUCCUGGUUUAUCUGGAGAGCCUGGUCUUCCCGGAUACCGCGGAGAAAAAGGUCUCGUUGGUAUUGAUGGAAAGCGUGGUCGUGAAGGAAUGCUUGGAAUACCUGGUGCCCAGGGACCUCCAGGAGAUAGCUACCCCGGUCAACCAGGAGAAUCUGGAGACUGCGGUGAACCAGGAGCUAAUGGUCUUCCCGGACUUCCUGGUGCCCAAGGUCCACCUGGUAUCCCAGCCCCACAGAAAGUUCUUCAACAGCCUGCUGGAUUACCUGGUUACGAUGGUCUUCCCGGAUUUGAUGGACCAAAUGGUCUUGAUGGUCUUCCUGGUCUUCCAGGACCUGCUGGACCUGAUGGAUAUCCAGGUAUCCCCGGUGAAAAGGGAGCUUCUGGUCUUCCAGGUUUCCCAGGAGUUAACGGGGAACCAGGACAUCGUGGACAGCAAGGAGAAGUCGGUUUCAAUGGAAUCGAUGGAGAUUGCGGAGAACUCGGAGAAAAUGGAUACCCAGGAUUACCUGGAGCACCAGGUCUACCAGGAGAGCCAGGAUAUGGCUACCCAGGCCAAAUUGGUUAUCCAGGUCCAAAGGGAUUGAGUGGUGACAAUGGUUACCCCGGACAAGAUGGUCAACCAGGACGUGAUGGUUUACCCGGACUUCCUGGAUAUCCAGGAGAGCCCGGAACACCAGGUUUCGAAGGACCAAAGGGUCCUGACGGCUAUCCUGGAGAGAGAGGUCUCCCAGGACUCGAUGGCAAACGUGGUAGACCAGGUAUGCUUGGAAGAGAUGGUAACCCAGGACUUCCUGGCUUACCUGGAGCCAAUGGACAACCUGGACAACCUGGAUACCCUGGUGAAGAUGGUGUUAUUGGAUUCCCUGGACUUCAUGGAUCUCCUGGAGAUAACGGUCUCCCUGGAUUAGAUGGAGCAUUAGGAGAGAGCGGAGAUCAAGGACCAGAUGGAUAUCCAGGACUUACUGGAGAAAAUGGACAAGAUGGCUAUCCAGGAACUCCUGGAGCAGAAGGGUUACCAGGUCUUGCUGGAGAACCUGGAGACUCUGGAUACCCUGGUGGAAGAGGUUUACCUGGAGAUCCUGGUGCUCUCGCCUAUCCAGGACUUCCUGGAGAUGUCGGAUACCCUGGACCAGAAGGACCAAGCGGACUAUCAGGAGAACCAGGAUACCCAGGAGAGAAGGGUUACCCCGGAGAUAAUGGAGAAAGUUAUCCAGGACAAAAUGGAAUUUCUGGUCCACCUGGAGAUCUUGGAUACGAUGGCUUGGAUGGUGUACCUGGUAUGCCAGGAAUGCCUGGUAUGACUGGAAUGCCCGGACCAAAGGGAGAAACAGGAUUGGUCGGAGUUCCUGGAAAGCAAGGACACGAUGGAUUACCAGGCAUCCCUGGUCCUGAAGGUGACUGUGGUGAGGAAGGAUUCCCAGGACUCUCAGGACAACCCGGAUACCCUGGACUCCAAGGACGUGAAGGAGAAAAAGGUUAUCCUGGUAUCCCAGGAGAAAAUGGACUUCCUGGUCUUCCCGGAACUCCUGGUGCUCCUGGAUUAAAGGGAGAAGCUGGAUUAGCCGGAAACGAUGGAUAUCCUGGACAACCUGGAUUACCUGGAAUUAUGGGAACAAUUGGAUUACCUGGUCCUAUGGGAUAUCCUGGAGAUUCAGGAUUACCUGGACGUGAAGGAGCACCUGGAGAAGCUGGUUAUGAUGGAGAAAAUGGUCCACCUGGCUUACCUGGACUUGCUGGAGACGAAGGUCUCCCAGGACCUAAUGGUCAAGAUGUUUAUGGACCAGAAGGACCUGUUGGCCCAAGUGGAUACCCAGGAAUGGAUGGAAUGCCAGGACAACCUGGUCUUGAAGGAGAAUGCGGUGAUGAAGGAUAUCCAGGACAACCUGGACUUCCUGGAGAGCCUGGUCUUGUUGGAAUUGAUGGAAAACGUGGUCAUGAUGGUAUCAAUGGAUUACCAGGACCAGACGGUUUACCCGGAAUUCCUGGCCCAGAAGGCGAUUGUGGAGAAGAAGGUUUACCUGGUUAUCCAGGAGCUCCUGGAGCCCCAGGACUCAAAGGAGAACAAGGAGAUGAUGGUUUACCUGGAAUCAGUCCACCACCCGGUACUCAAGGAUACCCCGGAGAAAAAGGAUAUCCUGGAGAGAACGGACCACCCGGCUUACCUGGUCCACCAGGAAAAGCUGGAUAUCCCGGUGCUCCAGGCCAAGAUGGAUACCCAGGACCACCAGGAACACCAGGAACUCCUGGCGGAUCCGGAGAGGCUGGAGAACGUGGUCUUCCAGGCCGUGGAGGACUUCAAGGACAACCAGGACAACCUGGUUACCCUGGAACUCCUGGAGGUUGGGCUCCAAGCCGUGGAUUCACAUUCGCUAAACAUUCACAGACUGUUGAUAUUCCACAAUGUCCAAAUGGUGCUCAGCCACUCUGGACUGGCUAUUCUCUUCUUUAUGUACAAGGAAAUGGUCGCGCUAGCGGUCAAGAUCUUGGUCAACCAGGUUCAUGCUUAUCUAGAUUCAACACAAUGCCAUUCAUGUUCUGUAACUUGAACUCAGUUUGUCAUAUCUCUUCACGUAGUGAUUACUCCUUCUGGUUGAGCACAGAAGAACCAAUGACAACAAUGAUGAAUCCUGUAACAGGAAGUGCUAUUCGCCCAUAUAUUUCUCGUUGUGCUGUUUGUGAAGUUCCAACACAAAUCAUAGCUGUACAUUCACAAGAUACCAACGUUCCCGAAUGUCCAGCUGGAUGGAAUGGCUUAUGGACAGGAUACUCGUUUGUUAUGCACACGGCUGCUGGAGCUGAAGGUACCGGACAAUCAUUACAAUCACCUGGUUCAUGUAUGGAACACUUCCGUGCUGUACCAUUCAUUGAAUGUCAUGGACGUGGAACAUGUAACUACUAUGCUACGAAUCACGGAUUCUGGCUGGCUAUUGUUGAUCAAGAUAAGCAAUUCCGCAAACCAAUGUCACAAACUCUUAAGUAUGGAGUAAUCAAGGAUCGCGUGUCCAGAUGUCAAGUUUGCUUGAAGAAUCGUUAA